GAUCUUUGUGCAGUUAGUACUAGUUAAGUUUAAUCUAGCUAUCUUUAAGUUCGAUCGUCUUCAUCAUCGGAAGAGUAUUGAAGAGGCGUCGAGUACAAUGAAAGAAUUAGCGGGGGACUUGAAUUAGGGUUUUCUGCAGUUUUGAUAAUCAUUUCGUUGUGUGAUAUACAUAUCUUGAAGAUCAAAUGUGCACCAGAGGACAUUGGAGGCCAGCUGAAGAUGAAAAACUUAGAGAGCUGGUGGAACGUUAUGGCCCUCAUAACUGGAACGCCAUAGCUGAAAAGCUUCAAGGCAGAUCAGGGAAAAGUUGUAGGUUGAGAUGGUUCAAUCAACUGGAUCCAAGAAUCAACAGAAGCCCUUUUACAGAAGAAGAAGAAGAGCGGCUUUUAGCUUCUCAUCGGAUCCAUGGAAAUCGAUGGGCCGUAAUCGCGAGAUUGUUCCCUGGACGAACUGAUAAUGCAGUGAAGAACCAUUGGCAUGUCAUCAUGGCUCGAAGAUGCAGAGAAAGAUCGAGACUUUACGCCAAAAGAGCCGCUCAAACUCUCCUAAAUAAUGACCAGAAAUCACCUUCAAAACCAGAUAUCAUUACCUCCUGUGACUCGACGGCGAAGAAUCUCGCUUCGUUUGUCGAAUCCUAUUGCGCGAAAACUCACUACAAUUUUGCUCAGAAUCUUCAUCACCAUCAUCAGUAUUAUCCUAUACAAGUUUUCAGAGAAGCCGAGGGCGAAAACACAAGUCAUUGUAUUACCAUGAAUAAAGAUAAUAAGAACCAACGGGUGGAGUUCUACGAUUUUCUUCAAGUGAAUACGGAUUCAACGAAGAGUGAAGUGAUAGAUAAUGCGAAAAGGGACGAUGAGGAAGUCGAUCAAGAAGCGAGAGAGCAGCAACGAAGCGGGCAAUUUAUCGAUUUCUUAUCGGUAGGAGGAGCUUAAUAGUUCAUAGCUAGAUUAUGAAUUUUGAUGGUGAAGUUUGUUUGGAGAGGAAGAACAAGAAGAAGAAGAAGAAGAUGACAUGCCACUGGAAAAGAAACCAACUUACACACGUACGUAUGAAGUAUAUAACUAACUACAAAAUGAAACAUUUAUUUAGUUAUGAGAAUGUGACAGAGGAACAAAUAUUUAAACAAGAAGAUGAAGAUAUUAUAUAUUAUAUUAUUAUAUGUUAUGUUAUGUUAUGUUAUGUUUAUGUUAUUAAUUAAUUACAUGUAGCUAGAAUUAUGCAUAGAGUAAUUAAGAAGAAGAAUAAGCUGUGUUGUGUUGUGUUGUAUUGUAAAACCGAGGCUUUAAUCCAAGAAUGCCAAGCUGAGGAUUCAGGAAUUUUUAUUUGUAGUUCAAACAUUAAUUAAUCUCUUUGUGUCUCUUGAAAUAAUCUUUCAUC